AUGGCUAGUCGGGAGCACCCGUCUUCUUUCUCUUCUAGUCUUCUGGAUAAAAUCUACCGCUCAAUCGACGAGGGCGAGAGGAGAAGCGGAGACGUGAGGUUUUACGGCGAGACGAAGACGGUGGCAUUGCCAGAGAGAAACAGCAAGAGCGGGAGAGAUACUGCUUUAGAGGAGGAGAUGGCGGCGCUUCGGAGGGCUUGUUUGAUUGAGAAGUGGAUUGAGAAGAAGGCGGCUGAGAAGGAGGAGGAGAAGCGGAGGCAGAGUCGAUGUGAAAUGGGGAGGAGGAGCAGGAAAUUGGAGAGGGAUCAUGAUGAUGGUGUGUUUUUCAGUUCCAAUUCAUGCUCUUCAGAGUCGAGUUCCGGUGGAUUUUCGUCGUCCGACGCUGAGUCCAUGUAUGGUUCUCGGCCCCCGCCGAGGUCUUCUUGUUUUGUUCCUUCUCUGUGGCCGAAGCCGAUUCGGACCAGCGUCCAGACUCGGCCGGCGAAAACAGAGGAGAAGAAAACAGAUAAGAAGCAGAGUGCUCGGUCUCGCCAACAGAGAGAUAUAUACAUUGUUGAUGAUUAUCGUCACAGUCGUGACUCAGAUCGGACUACGAUCAAGUCUAAAUCAAGAGCAUUGAAGGUUUACGACAAUCUAAAGAAGGUGAAGCAGCCAAUCUCACCGGGGGGUCGCGUUGCGAGUUUCCUCAAUUCUCUUUUCACGACAGGGCAAGUCAAGAAGAGCAAGACGACAUCAUCACUUUCCGGGUACGAAGACACAGAGAGGAGAAUAUAUUCAUUGCAGGGCUCGACGUGUUCUUCAGCAUCUUCAUUUUCAAGGUCAUGUCUGAGCAAAAACUCACCCAACACAAGAGAAAGAUUGCGCAAUGGGGUUAAGAAAUCGGUCCAAUUCUACCCGGUAAGCGUUGUAGUCGGCAAAGAUUGCCAACCCUGUGGCAAAAAAUGCGGGUACGAAGAACAAGACGCACAUCCUAUGCCUGUAACUGUGCCGACGGCAUGGAAAAUCGGUCGAGCUCAGACGAUCAAAACAGAGGAGGAGAUCGUCAAGCUUCGAGUGUUGGAGAAAAGCAGGCAAGCCGAAGACGCAGCCAGGGAGUUCUUAAAAGACCACCGCCGGAACCAAGUUAAGAAUGAGUCUUUGUUCAACAGAGAUUACGACAAUCAUGACGAUGAUAUGGACGAUGACGCUGCUAGUUGUUCAAGUUCGGAUCUUUUCGAGCUCGAUCACCUAGCGGUGGUCGGAAAAGAAAGGUAUCUGGAAGAGCUUCCGGUGUACGAAACAACUCUUUUCAAUCGUACGAAUCGUGCAAUUUUUUAGUUGCUUAAGGAUCAAUAAUAUUGUAGUUCUUUUCGU